ACUCAUAACUCAGAACUCAAAUCCCAAAACAUUAACACUUACAUUUGAGCUAUGCUGAAGGACGAGAACAACAACGAUGGCGGAAAUGGUGGAGGUAACAACUGGGCGCGUGUCUGCGACACAUGUCGCGCAGCUGCCUGCACUGUUUAUUGCAAGGCAGACGCGGCCUAUCUCUGCGCUGGGUGCGACGCCCGCGUGCAUGCUGCUAACCGCGUAGCGUCGCGCCAUGAGCGCGUGUGGGUGUGUGAGGCGUGUGAGCGAGCUCCAGCUGCCUUCAUAUGCAAGGCAGACGCAGCGUCUCUCUGUACCGCCUGUGAUGCGGAUAUCCAUUCAGCAAAUCCCCUCGCGCGUCGCCACCAACGUGUUCCGAUUCUCCCCAUUUCCGGUGGCCUCCACAGUCCUCAUGUUGGACACAUGGGUGGGGAGAAUACGGAAGACAUGUUUGUGGAAGAAAGAGAAGAGGAAGUUGGUGAAGAGGAAGAAGAUGAAGCAGCUUCUUGGUUAUUGUCAAAUCCUGUUAAGAAUAGUAAUAAUCAGAAUAGUAAUAAUAAUACAAAUGGAUUCUUGUUUUAUGGUGGUGGUGGUGGUGGUGGUGAAGUUGAGGAGUACUUGGAUUUUGUUGAGUAUACGUCAAAUGCUUGUGGUGAUCAGAAUCAAUAUUCUGAUCAGAACAGUUUGCAGCAGCAACAGUAUGGAGCUGAUGGUGUUGUUCCAGUACAGUGCCUUGAAGCAGGAAAAGAUCAAAUGAUUAAUCAUCAUCAACAGUACCGUAAUUUUCAAUUAGGGUUGGAGUUUGAUUCCUCAAAACCAACUUACAGCUAUAAUGGAUCAAUCAGUCACAGUGUCUCAAUUUCUUCAAUGGAUGUUGGAGUGGUGCAAGAUUCAACAAUGAGUGAAAUCUCAAUCUCACACUCAAGAACUCCAAAAGGGACAAUUGACCUUUUCUCCGGUCCUCCAAUGCAGAUGCCAUCCCAACUUAGUCCGCGGGACAGGGAAGCAAGGGUCCUAAGAUACAGAGAGAAAAAGAAGACCAGAAAGUUUGAGAAGACAAUCAGGUAUGCGUCAAGGAAGGCAUACGCAGAGACCAGACCACGAAUCAAAGGCCGGUUUGCAAAGAGAACAGAUGUAGAUUUUGAAGUGGAUCAGAUGUUCUCCACAACAUUAAUGACAGAAACUGGAUAUAGCAUUGUCCCAUCAUUUUAAGUCCCGCAUCGAAAGGAUAGAACACUUGUUUAUAUGAGGGUUCUGCUAGUUAUUACUGAAGUUGUAAUACUAAUACUUUAAUACAUUAUGCUUUCUGAAUUUAAUUUAUCUCGAUCAAUGAGAAUCUGUUUUGGUGGUUUUGUCAAUUGUCUUUAUUCAUAAUGCUCUUAUCUUGUAAAUGCCUGUAUAUUUAUGAUUUUCGAAUUGUAAGCUAAAGAAAUAUUUAUUGCAAUCAAUUUUCUCAUA